GUCCUAAAAAGCAUGGUGCAGGAAUUCCAGGUUCUUAGGUGCUUCUCCUGCCAAACUUUUCAAGUGCAUCAGGUAAAAAAGAGCAAAACAUGGAAUUGCAAACUGUGUGGAGAGAAGCAGUCGCUGCUAAAGGUGUAUGGACAAGGUUCUGGAGCAGACUGCAGACAGCAUGUGCAGAAACUGAACCUCCUUCAAGGUGAAGUGCAGCAGGCAGCUGAGAAAGCUGUCAGGUUUGAUGGGCAAGAAGAAAUCAAAGAAGAAUAUAAACCUGUUGAAGAUACACCAGUAGGAACAAGUUUUUCUCAGGAAAAAGGAAAUUCUGUGAGCCGCUGGAGUAAAUAUCUGGUUCAACAUGAAGAGGAACGAGAGUAUGUGACGCAAGAAAGUGAAGAAAAGAACCACACUUACACAGACGAAGAGUUGUUUUUAUCUCAGACAGAAAUGGCAUUAAAGCCCAGAAAACAAAAAGAAAGUGUGUCCAAGGGCUGUGGAUUUGAGGACCAAGAACAAAUAUACUCCACAAACAAAGCAAAAAGAUUCAAAAUGUGUGAGGGCAGGGGAAGGUCCACAUCCAUAGAAAACCAACAUUCUGCCUCCGCAAACCAGUUUGUCUCUGGUAAGUCUAAAUGGGGGAAGUUUCUUUCUACCUCUCCUGCCGCCGAAAUAAAUGAAGGUGGUACCUGCAGGUUGGCAAACGUUGACAAGGAAGAAUCUAGUGUGUCAAAGUUAUGGCAAAAAGAGGAGGAAACCGAAGAGCUUGUUGAAGCACGAUUACCCAUCCCUAAAACUAGAACGGAUGGGACUGUGCUUAGCAAAGCCUCAACUACAUCCCGUCUAAACACCCAGAGUGAUUUACAAGGUGCGUGGAAGACUCAUGGAGAUAACAGGUCACUGGAUGCCCACACAGGAGAACAUUGUGCCAAGCAACUGACCCGAUUCAACAUCUCCCCAUCUCUCACCAAGACUUCUGCCUCUACUAACAUGUUUCAGACUGACGAAGACUUUGAUGAUAAUUAUUGA